GCAAAGUAGCUGGACAAAAUGUCAUCCCUGAGUACUGCAGCUCUCCAGUACCUAUUUCUACUGGUCACAGCAUGCUACCAGACAUCACAGGACUCAAACUUUGAUCCAUUCAUGCAAUACGUAAUUGGCAGUGCACUGGGAGAGGAAAGCUUCCAGUCAGACACGCAAAGGCAGAAGCGAAACAUUCUUACUUUUGACCUUCCCCCUCUGGAGUACACGGUUGACAUUGAAGUAAGCCUUAUGGAUUCAACUUUUCUGGAGCCAAUCAAAGAGUAUUUAAAAAACCUUAAUCUUCCAAUGUCAACAAAUAUUUCAAAUGUAGAAAUGACAGUUUCAAACAUCAACACUACAACAGUCUGUCUGCCCAGUGGUGAGAACAGUAGCUGUUGUUCUUGUGAAAAUGGAUAUGCCUGGCCAAGUGUGGUGUGCAAUGACUUGAUAACCUGCCCUUCUGUCAGCUUAGCACCUGACCUGUCCUGUGGCUACAUGAAGGAAAUGCCUUUCUAUGGACCUUACUGUCAGCCUCAGACUGAAGAUUCCUGUGAUACGGGAGAGCCCAUUUUAAUGAACAUGUCAGUCAGACUGGACACAGACUUUAGGGAUGAUCUCAUGGAUUCUUCUUCAGAACUAUAUACAAAAUACAAAGCUGACCUUGAAAAAGCGUUUAAUGCUAGCUACAGAUGUUUACCAGGCUUUGUAUCAGCAGCAGUAACUGGUUUCAGUCCUGGAAGUGUUUUUGUGAACUACGAAGUGAAAGCAGGAGCAGCAAGCUUCAAUCAGAUAGCAAAUUCCAACAGAGUUGUAUCACAAUUUCUGGACGAAUCGUACCGAAUAAAUGAAACUACCUUCACAACAGAAAUCACCAAUCAGACAAAGUUCAUUGUGCGUCCUGCAGACAUUUUUGAGGGGGAUACCGUAAGACUGAUUUGUGAGAUAAAUUCAACAAGUGAGAAUGUGACCUGGUAUCACUUUGACCAGGUGAUCCCAACCAGCAUCCGGUAUUCAACAGAGAGAAAAGUUUCAAAGAAAACCUCAAGAUCCAUUCUUAAAAUUAUCAACAUUACUAUGAAGGAUUCUGGUUCCUAUAGGUGCACGUUCACAAACAGCAAACAGUUUCACACAGUGAUAUACAAGGCCACGAUAACAAUAGAAGUCUCUCCACUGUACAUCACUCCAAACUUCAAUGACAUUGAUGUUACAUGCAACAGUCCUGAAAUGCAGACAAACAGUCUUCUGCUGUCUUGUUGUAUUGACAGACACUUGCCAUCACUUACUGUUGACUGGAAAGUAAAUGGACCGAUCAUGAUUACAGGAGUCUCCAGUUUAAGGGAAAACUGCACUGAAUACAAGCUCAACAUCAAUGAAUCACUAUGCCCACCCGAGAAGUCAGGCACAGUGACAACAUACACAUGUGAGCUGCACACCGGACACGGUGCCAGGCGCAGCCAAAACAUCAGAGUGGCCUAUCUGCGGAGAGCGCACAUAACCAUCUCUUCAAGCACAAACUUGGCAGUUUCUGAGGGAUAUGCAUUCAAUCUAACCUGUGAAAGUGAUGUGAACAACUAUGACAGUGUCAGCUGGAAAAUCCAGUCUGGAAAUAACAUCAAAACAGUAGACUGUGACAUGUGCAUCAAUUAUAGCAGAUUUCCAGCCACAUCUGUGCUCACAGUGAAGACUGCAACACAGGACUGGAAUGGGACCUACAUCUGCACAUUCUCCCAAAAGUCCUUGGAUAGUUCUGCCAAUGUUACAAUCAAGGUUGUUUCCUUGCCUCUGAAGCAGAACAUCAUGACAGAUCCCAUCGAAGCACCUAUGCAGUGCAAAGUGCAACAAGCCCUAGAGUGCUGCGUAAGCGCUAACACCGUGGAAAGCUACACUGUUACAAUUGUGAUUCAACACAAAGAAUUUCAAGUCGUGAGAAAGAAAAAAGGAAAUUUGUUAUGCUACAUGUACCAUUACACAGAAACAGAAUGCAGCAAAAACAUGCUCACGGCGUAUUGGAAGUUUAAAAACUACAUUGGACAGGAAGUCAGCAGUGAAAGUGUAAGACUGCACCUGAUACCUGAUAAGGAAGUUUCCUGCUCAGACAGAUUUGGCAUUGGAAGAGAAGGGUCCAUAUUAAUAAAGCCAUGCUGUGAUUCAAACAAUGCAGAUAAUUUUAACCGAGGCAAUAAAACUUACAAGUGCUCCAACAAAUCAUGGAAAAUGGAAAGGAAUAACUGCCUGUCUGCAGCAAUAAACAACCUGCUGAUGAGUGCUGAGUCCUUGGUCAACAGUCCUGAGGCAAAAGCAAAACUGCCUAACUACCUUGCAGAGCUUAAUAAACAGACAGAAAAUGAGCAAGGCAUAAUAAGCAGUUCUCCUGCAAACCUCGGCGCAAUCGUUUCCAUCCUGGAUAUGAUCUCCUCUAUCCCAGCAGAUGCAGAAGAGCCCAUUAUUGAAAAUUUCCUCUCCACAGUGGACUUUAUUGUAGCUGAUUCCACAUUACAAGCUUGGGAAGACCUGAAUAAAGAGGAGACAUCCAAAAGUUCUUCAUUACUGCAAUCAGUAGAAAAUUUUUCCCGAGGCCUCCAGCCACUUAAUAAUAACAUUCCUUCUGUCUCUGCAAAAAAUCUUCAGCUACAAGGUAUAGUUGUCACAGAAAAUAGCAACACAGAUUAUAAUAAGAACUUCAUCAGUACAGACAACCUCACAGUUAACGUGCACAUUCGUGAAACUGAAAUUCAGACUCUCACCCAAAAUUCAACCAUUGUCAGUGUGAUGUAUUCAACCCUUGGACAUAUUUUGCCCCAGAAUAAAUUUGAGUAUGUGAAUGGCUUACUGAUAUCAACAACUAUGAGUAGCAACAGAAGCCAGAAGUUUGCUGUUAAUAUGACCUUUGCAAAGAAAAACUUGUCUCUGAAGAUGCCCCAGUGUGUCUUUUGGAACUUCACACUCAACAAGCAUAGAGGAGGCUGGGAUACUCAUGGUUGCACAUCCACAGAGCUAGAAGAUUAUGUCAUUUGCUCCUGCAAUCACUUGACAUCCUUUUCCAUUCUGAUGUCACCUGAUAAAUCCUCCCAUGUCAACCUUGAAGAUUAUAUUACCUACAUUGGCCUGGGCAUUUCGAUCUUGAGUUUGGCAGCCUGCAUUAUUAUUGAAUCCUUAGUCUGGAAGUACGUGACGAACAACACAACCUCCUACAUGCGCCAUGUCUGUAUACUCAACAUAGCUACAUCACUCCUGAUUGCUGACAUUUGGUUCAUUGUCACUGCCUCCAUCACUGACCAAAAUCAACAGAUGAGCAGAAGUAUCUGUUUUGUGGCCACUUUCUUCAUCCACUUAUUCUAUCUGUGUGUCUUUUUCUGGAUGCUCAGCUUGGGACUCAUUCUGUUCUACAGACUGAUCUUCAUCUUACAUAACACAAGCAAGACCGCUCAGAAAGCGGUGGCAUUCUUUCUGGGAUACGGGUGUCCCUUUGUCAUUGCAGUCGUCACCAUUGUUGUCACGUUGCCAAAGAACAAUUAUACUAGAAAGGAUGUCUGCUGGCUCAACUGGAAGGACAGCAAAGCUCUCUUAGCCUUCGUUAUACCUGCCUUGAUCAUUGUGGCCAUGAAUUUGUUCAUCACGGCAGUUGUUAUAAUAAAAAUAUUGAGGCCAACUAUUGGGGACAGGUCAAACAGGCAGGAGAGGAACUCUUUGUUUCAAAUUGGCAAAAGUGUGGCCAUCUUGACACCACUGUUAGGCCUCACCUGGGGAUUUGGGCUUGCCACUGUCAUCAAAGACAGUCAUCGAGCUUUCCACAUCCUCUUUUCUCUGCUUAAUGCUUUGCAGGGAUUAUUCAUUUUGGUGUUUGGGGCUCUCUGGGACAAGAAGAUACAAGAAGCCCUGCUAAAGAGGAAUUCAACAUCCAAGUGGAGUUCACAACAAUCAAAGUCAACCUCCCUGAUCCUGGUAACACCAAUGCUUGCUAUGAGUUACCCAUUUUCAAGAACCUUUAACAACUUAUGUGGGAAAACAGGAAAGUACAGAGUAUCUUCUUCAGAGCCAUCCACCUCUUCCUCUGAAAACACAUCCAAAUCAUAUUCUUUGCUCAACUGAGGCACUGUAAAUGCAAAUUACAUAACUCUGAAAGGACCUCUGCCUUCCAAGACACACAGAAAAAGUACCUGUGUGCCAUCAAGAAGUGGACUGCUUCAUUUGACUAAACUGUGCCUUGGUGCAUUCUUCUGGAAUAAUCACUUCUGGAUAACAUGCAAGGAAUGGAAGUUUUGAGAGUGGAAUUUUACAGAGGCUACCAACCCCAGAAGAGAUGACAAGGUGUUUCGAACCUGCAUGGAUGUGAAGGCCUUCAAGUGCUGGAAAAGACACUGAGAGUGAAGAAUUCUCAGCCUAUAAGAGGGUGCAUAGUACUACGCAGUACUGAGCCACGAACUGCAGUGCUAAACACAGCUGUUUCCAGGGGUUUUAAUAUUUCCUCUAUCAACUCUGAAUUACUCCAAAGGCCUAUCUAGAUACACAAGUACCUCAUAGCUUCUCUCCUGCCCUCAUAUUAGAGUCUGGAAAGACCAGAGGAUACAGUGCUCUCCACUUUCUGCUUAAGUCUUUCUGGAAUGAAAGAUUCACAACUGAGAUGGUCCAGUUCUGACUUGGAUAAAAUGAAGACCAUGAUGAUUCCUGCAUGGUCUUCUUUCAGAUGGGAAGUACUGAAAGCUCUGUAUGGCACAUUUUUGAAGAAAAGGAAGCUUUAUAUCCAUAACUAUAGUCCUUUCCUUCAUACAUAAUGUGGCAAGACAGA